AUGAGUUCCCCCCGCAUCUCCGAGUUGUCUGAGUUGGCGGCGCUGUGCGGGUUUCCGGGCUGUCGGUGCCCCACUGGCUUACCGGUGGCCGGGCCAAACCCGCAAGCCGGGGAGCCCAGGCUCCUGAGCUCCUGUCCCAGCCCCAGUCCGGGGAGCAGGCAGGCGAGCCGGGCAGAGGCGCGCGUUCAGCCCGCACUCUGCGCGGCUUCUGCUGUCUCCAUGGCGUCCUAUCAGCAAUCCCGCAUCCAGGCUUACCUGGAGAAGAACAAGAUCGGUCCCCUGUUUGAGGAAUUAAUGACGAAAUUAAUAACUGAGACACCUGACCAGCCAAUCCCAUUUCUCAUUGACCAUCUUCAGUCCAAACAAGGAAACCGAGGGCAGCUUCAGCGAACUUUAUCUGGAUCUGCAGCUCUCUGGGCAGAAAGUGAAACAUCAGUGUCAAGGUCAGUAGAUCAUCCUAAGUGGAACUGGCGAACUAAACCAGAAAGCCGUGAUUUUGAUGAAUUGAACCACAUCCUUCAAGAGAGCAAGAAGCUGGGAAAAGCCCUUGAGAAGCUCUCUCGAAGUAUUGCAAUUUCAGAUGAACUUGAUAAGGAAACAGUGGCAUGUAAUUCUUCUCUUCUAAGACCCCGUGUAAUUGGAGAAUGGAUUGGCCGAGAAGAGAAUGAUGCUGACCCAUUAGCAGCCGAAAUGCUACAGCCCCCAAUUCCAAGAAGUAAAAAUGAACAAUGGGAAAGUGAAGAUAGCAGCUCUAGCCCCACAGGAAGCUUAAAGGUGGAACCCAAGACCAAGGGAUUAAAACAGCAGCAACAGCAACAUAAGAAACUGCUGGCAGCGAUGCUCUCUCAAGAUUCUUUUGAGUCUAUUCACAGCCCUACCCCACCUGUAACAGAAGAAGAUAUUGAUAAUGAAGAUGAUGCAAUGGAAUUGCUGGAGGAUCUUGAUGAUUUAAGAAUGGAGGGAGUGACUACUCUGGCACCUUCUGGGAGCAAAUUUAAUCAAGGUCGUGCUACUCACCCUGCUGAACUUCAGGCCAAGGUCACACUGAACAUCUGUUCAAGGUGUGCCAGACUUCAAGGAGACAAUUUGGCAGAAAGAACAGAGGAGAUGACACAAAUACUUCCUUCUCCAGAUGAAAUAAUCCUGGAUUCUUUGAAUUCUUUACCUGGGACUGAAGAAGCACUAAUGGAGGAGGGUGGAGAAUUUGAAAUAGCAUCUAAAUUAACAGGACCUGGAGAAGCCCCCAGUGGAGGACAGUCAUUGAAACACUACAUGGAAGAAGAUGAUUCUUUAAAGCAAUUGCAGGUGGUUCACCAACCAUGGAUCUUGCCAAGUGACACAGAAAGUGAAGGAGUGGAAGCAGAACAAGAGAAACGUUCUACUGACCUUCUUCUGUGUGUUCCGUGCUCUUCUUGUCCUACUCUGGUCUACUCUGGUCUGUGA